AUGGUCUUCACAGGUGCCUGGUACGAUGGUUGGGAGACGCGGCGGCACAACAAGGAGGCCUUUGACUGGGUCGUCGUGCGGCUCGGCGUCGCCUCGGGCACCGUCGAGGGCGUCGAGGUCGAUACGGCCUUCUUCACGGGCAACUACGCGCCCGCCAUCUCGGUCGAGGGUUGCUUCAGCGACGACGACGCCGAGGUCGUCUCCUGGAAGGGCGGCCGCGGCCGGUGGAAGACAAUCGUCGGCCUCCAGCCGUGCGGCCCGUCCCGGCGCUUCGGCUGGAAGCUCGACAGGCCGUCGACGGAGGCGUACACGCACGUGAGGCUCAACAUGUACGCCGACGGCGGCAUCGCCCGCUUCCGCCUCUUCGGCCACGCCGUGCCCGUCUUCCCCGACGACAAGCAGGCCGUCGUCGACCUCGCGGCCGCCCAGAACGGCGGCAUCGCCGUCUCCUGCAGCGACCAGCACUUUGGCACCAAGGACAACCUGCUGCUGCCGGGCCGCGGCAAGGACAUGGGCGACGGCUGGGAGACGGCCCGAUCGCGCGGCAAGGACCACGUCGACUGGGCCAUCAUCAAGCUCGGCGCGCCCGGCCGCCUCGAGUCCUUUGUCGUAGACACGGCCCACUUCCGGGGCAACUUUCCCCAAAAGGUCGCCAUUCACGCGCUCGACUGGCGAGGACAGGCGACCAAGCCCGAGGCCAACGACGCCAGCUGGCGAGAGCUGGUCGCUCCGUCCGAGAUGGGGCCCGACAAGGAGUUUGCGCUGACGAGCGCCGACAAGGAGACCGUCUUCAGCCACGUCAAGCUCACCAUGAUACCCGAUGGCGGCGUCAAGAGGCUGCGGGUCUUUGGACGGAGGGCCGAGUGA